ACCUACUUUACACUCCCAAUUAAGGUAAUGGAGAAUCUGGUUUGGCUUUCUACAAAUGGCAAAAAGGCAAUGGAAGAAGAGCUUUUAAAAGGACGUGACAUGGCAAAUCAACUACUUGAAGUACUAACCUAUGAUGAUGAUGAUGAUAAGUCAAAUGUUAUAAAGGAAGUCAAAGGGUCAAACUCAAAAUCAUUAUCAACCUUAAUAGCUGAAGAUCUUGUGCGAGAGGUACUCAAAUCAUUGACAAAUACUCUUUUGCUUUUGAACAACAAUCAAGACUCCAAUGAUGUUCCUGGUAGAGAUAUUUUGGAUGGAGCUUACAAGAAACUCAAAAUCCUCGACACUAAACAUCCAAAAGGGUCGAACAAAAGAAAGUCAAUUUCAGCAAGUUGGGAAAAGACUAGCUCAAUAUUGAUUGAUGAUGGUUAUACAUGGAGAAAGUACGGACAGAAAAAGAUAAGAAAUGGCAAAUACUACAGGAGCUACUAUAGAUGCACUCACAUGAGCGAUCAGCACUGUGAAGCAAUGAAACAUGUUCAAAGAACUCAAGAGAAUCCUCCAUUGUAUAAGACUACAUAUUAUGCCCAUCACACUUGCAAAAGCUCUCUCCAUUCCGAACUCAUUUUCUCCUCUGAUGAUUCUUCUGGAUUGCUUAGUUUUGAUAACAACAUUCUAAUUAAACAAGAAUACCAGCUUCCAGCCCCAUUGCCAUUGCCACCAAUUCAUGCUUCAAUAAAAGAGGAUCCCAUGAAAGAGAUUCAUGCUGAUUAUUUUGAUCAAAAUCAAUUUUUAUUACCCGAGAACAUCCUAUCAUGUAACUUCGAAGUUUAUUUCGAUUAUCUGAAACACACCACUAUGCUAUUAUCAACUGAAUCAUUUGAAAUUGAGAAGGUUUAUGAUCAGUUUGGAUUUUGAUGGCCAUGGAUAUGUUCGAUGCAAUGUGCAAAUUUAUUUUCUGGUUUGGGGUUGGAGAAUUAUCAUUAUGUGUAAAUUUUAUGGCAGGUAAUAUUGAA